AUGCCAUUCAAAGCCAGCCGUUGCGCCGUCAUAGGCGCCGGGGUGAGCGGACUCACAAGUGCAAAACACCUGAAGGCUGCCGGAGUCGAAGUCGUAGUCUAUGAAAGAUCAUCUGUUUCUGGUGGUGUGUGGUCGUAUACUGAGCGCCGACCUCUCGAGCCCAGUUAUCCUGCACUCAGGCCGUCCGUCGCGGACUUUGUUGCCGAUCCAGACGCAAAGGUCUCAAUCCAAAAGAGUCCGGUGGAUGAGCAGAACGGGGCUCAAGUCGAUCCCCAAGUGACGGAAGACAUCGAUCUCGUCCACGCGCCGCCAGGCCCUGCUUAUGACGGGCUGAAAAACAACAUUCCCACCCCCUUACAGGAGCUAAAGGGGCACCCGUGGAAGGAAGGAACAGAAGACUUUGUCAACGUUCGGGUCAUUGGAGAAUAUCUCCAAAGCUUCUCAAAGACAUUUGAUGUUGAGCCUCUGAUCAAAUUUAACACGAGAGUCGAAGAGCUUGAGAAGGUUGAAGGUGGGAAGAAGUGGCGGGUGAGAUCGUCCACUCUGAUUAUAGAUGGGCCGGAGAAAGGACGCAAGAUCAGAGAAGUCGAGAGACAGGAGUUUGACGCUGUCGUGGUUGCAAAUGGGCAUUACCAUGCCUGCAGAGUACCGGAUAUACCGGGACUCAAGGAGUGGAAGGCGGCAUGGCCUUCUCGAGUGCAGCACUCAAAAGGCUACCGAACACCCAACGACUUCAAAGACCAGAAUGUCCUCCUCAUUGGAGGAGGAGUCUCUUCUACAGACAUUGCCAAAGAAAUUGCUCCAAUCGCGGGAAAAGUCUACCAAUCCGCCCGCGAGAGCCCUUUCCGUCUUCCACUCAGCUUCCUGCCACCCAGCGCAGAACGUGUAGCCGAUAUUGCAUCAUUUGCCAUCCCCACCUCUCCCCAAGACAUACCUGGUGAAGUAGUUCUCACCGACGGCCGCAUCCUAACCGGAAUCGACAGAGUGGUUGUCUGCACCGGCUACCACAUCACCUAUCCUUUCCUGCCGUCCCUCCACAAUGACUUCCUCGCUCGGGAAGCUGCCGGCGAGGAAAUCCUUGUCACGGAUGGCACACAGGUCCACAACCUCCACAAAGAUAUCUUCUACAUUCCAGAUCCGACCCUCGCCUUUGUCGGCAUCCCGUUUUUCUCCGCUACAUUCACGUUGUUUGAAAUUCAGGCUAUUGUUGUGAGUAAGGUACUCAGUGGACAAGCAUGGGUACCUAGUAAGGAGGAGAUGCGGAAGGAGUACAGGGAGAGAGUAGAGAAGAAAGGUUACGGCAGGGCCUUCCACAGCGUCAUGAAUGAGGAGGUUGAAUAUGUGGCUGACCUAGUGGCGUGGGUGAAUGCUCAGGCGGAAGCCACCGGUGGUGAGAAGAUGGAGGGGCAUACUGAGAAGUGGUUGGCCCAGAACCAAGCCAGGCUGGUUCGGAUGAAAGAAGCGUUUAACGAGAAUGGGACCAGCCCGAAACCCGAGGCGACGGCGUAG